AUGGCGCAGGACAACGCCGCCUUCUCGCCGGGCCCCGCGGAGCCGGCCCGCCGGCGCGGCCGCCAGCGCUACGUGGAGAAGGACGGCCGCUGCAACGUGCAGCAGGGCCACGUGGGCGAGACGUACCGCUACCUGACGGACCUGUUCACCACGCUGGUGGACCUGCGCUGGCGCCUCAGCCUGCUCUUCUUCGUGCUGGCCUACGCGCUCACCUGGCUCUUCUUCGGCGCCAUCUGGUGGCUCAUCGCCUACGGCCGCGGCGACCUGGAGCACCUGGGCGACGCCGCCUGGACGCCCUGCGUGCACAACCUCAACGGCUUCGUGGCCGCCUUCCUCUUCUCCAUCGAGACGGAGACCACCAUCGGCUACGGCCACCGCGUCAUCACCGACCAGUGCCCCGAGGGCAUCGUGCUGCUGCUGCUGCAGGCCAUCCUGGGCUCCAUGGUGAACGCCUUCAUGGUGGGCUGCAUGUUCGUCAAGAUCUCGCAGCCCAACAAGCGCGCCGCCACGCUCGUCUUCUCCUCGCACGCCGUGGUGGCCCUGCGCGACGGCCGCCUCUGCCUCAUGUUCCGCGUGGGCGACCUGCGCUCCUCGCACAUCGUGGAGGCCUCCAUCCGCGCCAAGCUCAUCCGCUCGCGCCAGACGCAGGAGGGCGAGUUCAUCCCGCUGCACCAGACCGACCUGAGCGUGGGCUUCGACACGGGCGACGACCGCCUCUUCCUCGUCUCGCCGCUCGUCAUCAGCCACGAGAUCGACGCCGCCAGCCCCUUCUGGGACGCGUCGCGCCGCGCCCUGGAGAGGGACGACUUCGAGAUCGUGGUGAUCCUGGAGGGCAUGGUGGAGGCCACGGGAAUGACAUGCCAAGCUCGGAGCUCCUACCUGGUGGACGAGGUGCUGUGGGGCCACCGCUUCACAUCCGUGCUGACCCUGGAGGACGGCUUUUACGAGGUGGACUAUGCCAGCUUCCACGAGACUUUUGAGGUGCCCACACCCUCCUGCAGCGCCCGGGAGCUGGCCGAGGCAGAGGCCCGCCUCGAUGCCCAUCUGUACUGGUCUAUACCCAGCCGGCUAGAUGAGCGAGUGGAGGAAGAGGGGGCGAGGGAUGGGGCAGGCGAGGAGGCAGAGGGGGAGGCUGGGGCUGACAAGGGGAAGAAAGGCUGCCUGCCAGCCCCAGAGAGCGAGUCUAAGGUGUGA